AUGCCAUCUUCUUGCACAGACAUCCGCAAUGCCCUUGCGCAAUGUCUCCAGCAAAGCGAUUGCGUGCUAAUCCAUCGAAAUACGCCCGCCGACUGUCUCAGACCUCCGCUCGUCGACACACUGCCAACGCAAUGUCAGCAGCUCAAGCACGGAUACGGCCAAUGCAAACGAGGACUGAUCGAUAUGCGAAAACGAUUCCGAGGCAACAGGCCCAUCUCGACGAGUGUGGAGCUUGAGGGCGAAGGCAAGAGCACGAUGCUGUAUGCUGGGAAAGGCAGCUAUCAGACAGCCGAGAAGAAGAAGAUGGAGGAAGGAGACGAAUACGAGGUUUUCACGAGAAAUGAUGGCAGUGAAGAUUUGAGGAAGAAGUGA